AUGGACAUGAUAGGAAAAAUUUACCCACAUUCUUCGAAGCAGCAUCGUUUCAUUCUAGUAGCCACAAACUACUUUAUCAAGUGGGUUGAAGCUAAGCCUUGUAAGACUGUGGAUCAAACAGAGGUGACUGACUUCAUCAAGGAGUUAAUCUAUAGAUUUGGUAUUCCACAGACCAUAACUGCGGACAAUAGGACUGUGUUUGAUGGAAAGCUAGUAAAGCUUUUUGCAGCGAAAUAUGAAUUAGCCUUGUUAACUCCACCCCAUAUUAUGCACAAGCAAAUGGUCAGAGUUAAGCUUAAAGUUGUGAGGCAGAGGAGUGUUGUCCUUUUAGCAUUGAAACUUCAGAAUGAAUGUGGAAAACAAACUCUUUGUCUUUUAAGAGCUCCUUCUAUGCAGCCUCAGCCAUUUGGUAGAUGUUGA